AUGUCAAACAUUCCUCCACCUCCUCCUCCGUUCACUCCCUCCUUCACACCAACUCAGGGUCAUUUUCCACCUCCUCCUCCACCACCAAGCAACAACUUUCAUACGAUUCACAGACCCUCACACGCAUUAACAUCCACACUUCCUCCUCCAUCACCUCCGAUGACCAAUAGUUCAAAUACCACCACCAUUGACACCACCACUUCCACCACGAAUACAAAACCAAAGAAAACAUGGAAAACCCUUUCCGAAGACAAUAAUCGCCUCAAUUUACAACAAGCCAUUGCCCAUCCCAUCGAUCAGAGUGUGGAAUGGGAACAUAUUCGAAAUAUUUGUUUGUCGACAAGUGGUGCUGCUGGAUCUUCAGGUGUCUUCUUUGUUGAAACACAAAUUCCAAAUCAAGUGGUGGUGGUGAAAGCGCCCGCAACACUGGCAGGAGAGAUUUUUGGAUCUCGAAUUGCAAAAUUGUUGGGACUCUGCUCUCCAACCAUUCGACUUGUGGAAUAUAGUCCAAAAAUUAAGAAUCGAGAACAAUUAUUGAAGGGAGGAGGACGAGAGUGGAUUUUCAUGAAAGAAAAUAUGAAACGAGUGGCACGAAACAAAAAUGAUACCAUUUGUGAAAUGAAAGUGGAAAAGGAGUUGGAUCGAGCGUUUUUUAUGGUUAUGGAAUUUGUAGAAGGAGCAGUGAGUUUGGAAGAUUUAAUGAAUCGAGAGGAAUUAGCUCAAAAAUUAAUGCAACACGAAGAGAUUUUGUUGGAUAUUGGAAAAAUGAUUGUGUUGGAUAUUAUCUGUAAUAAUUGUGACAGAUUUCCAAUGACUGGAAUUUGGGAUCACGAGGGAAAUGCUACGAAUAUUUUGUUUUCUUCAUCUCAUUCAAAGCUUGUGUGUAUUGAUCAAACUUUGUUUGCCAUUUCAGGAGAGGACAAUCAGAAAUUGUAUCUGGACAAGCUUGUCAAGUUCGUGGAUAGUCUUUAUUCAACAAAACCAAAUGAGAAUUCGUAUAUUGACGAUGUUUCGAGAUAUAUUAAUCAAAUGACAGGUGUCAAGUUGGGUGAAGAACAAAAGGAGACCAUUUUUAAGGGAAUUAUGAACGCCAUACAAAUUUUGUCUUCUCCAGACUUUGCACUUGAGUCUUUGGAAAAUUUGAAGAAGGAAAUUGAUUCAAUGAAAACAGGCAGUGACUGGGCAGAUGUUUGGAAAUUGUCGAUCGAUACUCUCAACUUGAGAUGGUUUUACGAGAACAUAAAAGUCUUAAUCAGCAGGUGCAAUGUGUAG